ACAUGCCGCGGACGUGGUCGUCCAACGGGGCGCAUUCAUUUCCACAGAAUCCCGACGGCAAAGCUCCAAAAGGGCGACUCAAAGAAAAGAUCGUGUGUAGUAUAAGCCUCGGCUGGUCUUUACUCUCCUCUUUCACACUCCUCUCCCCUCCUUUUCUGCACCUCCUGUUGUCCCGUUUGACGUUUCUUGUUUUUGGUGGAAGUGACGCAAAUCGCACAGUAAAUUAAUCUUAGAAAUCACAAUAGCACGUUCGGUUUUAUAUUUUAAAAUAAUUUUUUUGCUACUUAAAAUAUGCCUGCCCGUAUCUUGAAAUUGAGACAACAGUGCACUAUUUAAGUGCCAGAAGAGAAUCUUAAAUGGAUUUAUUUUUGAAAACGUCUCCUACAUCGUUGUAUUUGAUUACAUUUCAGUGAAUAUGUGAAUGUGUUUUUAAAUAACGUAACCGACAUCAAGCGCGCAUAGAAACCAAUCACAGUAGACGGUCAUUUCACCGGUAAAAACAAAGAAAAUAACACGUUUAAUGGCGAAGAGCUGGCAAAAAGGGGACCCAUUUUGCUGCCUUCCCAUCGUGAGCUACGCCUUCACAUCCUUCUCCCCAGCUCUGGCCGAGCUCCUGGUGGAGUCCGGCAUUGAGCUCACAGGGAAGAACGACCUGAGCUUCACAGAGUCUGUUUAUAAGGUCCUGCGCGAUCUCUUCAGCUACAAGCCUCUCCUCAGCAAGCAGCAGUUCUUGCAGUUCGGCUUUGCCGAGAGAAAGAUCAGCCUCCUGUGUGACAUCAUCGGCCUUGUAGUGACCAAACACAACCAGCUCACCAGAGGUGCCAAGCCUGUUAGGCACCCCAAAAAAAGGCUGCAGUCCCGCAGUGACUCAAAAAUAUUAGAAAGCCCAACUUCACCAGACACACAUGGGGUUCCUGCACAGAGGCUACAGUCUCGAAGUGUCUCUCUAACCUCAGAAAGCCCAACUACACCGGACACACACAGGAUUCCUGCUCAGAGGCUACAGUCCCGAAGUGUCUCUAUAACCUCAGAAAGCCCAACUACGCCGAACACACACAGGAUUCCUGCACAGAGGCUACAAUCCCGAAGUGUCUCUAUAAUCUCAGAAAGCCCAACUUCACCAGACACACACAGGAUUCCUGUUCUUCUGAGCAGACCUCUGGUGGAGAGGCACCUGGGCAACAACUCAUCAGCGAGGGCCUGCUUCUCUUCAGACACCUCGCCCCAGGAGAAACGGGACGAGGCCGAGGAGGAGGGCGGAGGUCCUUCAGCGGGGGAUGGCCCUCGUCCUGCUGCUCACACUGGGUUUGUGUCGGAGUGCAUGCUGAAGGCAGUAGAGGCAGGCCUGCGCGAGUGCGUGUCCAGGAUGGCCCAGCUGGAUGCAAGACUGCAGGCAGUGGAGCAGAGCGCGGCCGGGAAGUUGGUCAUCGAGCGCAGUCAGUGGGAGAACCUGGAGAGCCGUGUGUUGCUCCUGGAGACCAGCCUGGCACUGAUCUCAGUACAGGGUCCCGUAAAAGCUGGUGGGGUUGCAAGUCUGUCAGGCUUUGGAGAGAAGAGCCACCUCACAGAGGAAACAGUAGUUCUGACAUCAGCAGAAGGGCCUGGAAACAGUGCUGCGCUGGGACAGUCAGCAUCAGAGGCCGGCAGUGCCACACACCCCUCAACAGGUCUUCCCUCAGCAUCCCCAGAGGAGACUAUUAAAGAGAGACUGGAACGAAUAGCUAAUAUGAUGAAGGACACAUCUAGCCUUUUGAAGACUACCUUUUGAAGACCCUAAGAUUUUGUGCGACAGUAUUCAUAUAAAUACAUAUUCAGUCCAGGUGAAUGUGAUAGGGGGUGACCUCCUUAACGGUGUAACUGGAUUUUAUGGAUUUGACAAGAGAAGGCAAUCAGUGGCGUUCACAUUAUGAUUACAGCAUAAUCCGUUAGGCAUCUUUAAAAAAAUAGCAAAACAUGAACCUGCACUUUUAAUGUAGUCUUCUUUUACUUCAGGGUGAUGCUGAUGCUGUCUACAUUUUGGUCUUGAAAUGUCUACGCUGUCCAGUAGAGGUCACUGUAACUUUGAGCAAAAAAAUAGAUUAAACGUGCUUUUGGUGCCCUCUGUGGUCCAUGUUGUGUUACCGCAAGUGUCUUAAGUGGAGGUAAUAAAUAAUUUUAUAUUCACGUUUUAUUUGCGCCUUACCCGACUUUCAAAACAAAUAAAACAUUGUGAGCUAUAA